UUUGUAUGUUUAGCUCGAAGGUUAGCGCGUAUAGUACUUCCUUAAAGGCUAGCUUGGGAGCACCACAGCUCAGCUUGUUUACUUGCAGAGGCACUCUGAUUGUCAGGCCUUCAUCAAGAAUCGAGAGACGUAAUAACAAAAGCUCCCUGUACAGCAUCAGCUCGGCUCGGUUUCCUCUUUUCAUCGACACGUAGGAGGAGGAUACGACGCCAGAGGAAUUCGCAAAUAGCAAGUCAGUAUUGGCGUGUUGUGGUCGGCCACUUAGAAGCAUAAUAAUGAUGACAGACGACCAAUGGACUCUCAUCAACAAGAAGUCGUUUCAAGGAUGGACAACGGUGAAGUAAAUAUAACAUUAAGGAGAGAUGACCAUUCAGGUAAACUGGUCUACACCCAAAUCCCAGCGGGGGGCAGUCAAUUGAAAGUGCCGCCUCACAGUGCCAUUAGUUCUACGGCUUCUGGUAUUCUCCCAUCCAGCCCAUUAAUGCAGCCUGGACAGUCUAACGGCCACAACAGCAGCUCUGCUCCAGUGGAAGUCACCGCGUCCUCCAUCACUGCCACGGUUAGCACUUUGCAGGAAGAUCCACAACCUAAGGGCCUGACCAAAGAUCAGAAGCUGCUCUCAUCCAGUCGCCUAAACUUCCAGGAGCAGUUGCAGUCAGGUGACAGAAUAGCACACCUAACCCCAUCGUCCAUGGAUUCCCUUAUUGGGGGGUCAGAUCCUAGCUUUUUCACCAUGAAAACUGAGGAUUUCUCUUUGGAAAAAGUAGGUCACGAUCCUACUGACUUCGAUCAUGCCAUUGAGCACAUUGGCAAAGACAUGGACAUGAACCAGAAAUUUUUCAAUGAUAACACUCUGGAUCUGCUCAGUGACUUCGAGCUCACCGGCUCCCCAUCAGAUUUUUACGUUGGGGAUGAUGCUUUCCUUUCCACCCUGGCUGAUGACGGGCUGCUUGUGGAUGUCACCUCAGAGAAGGAAAUCAACCCAGUUACCACUGAAAGCACUAAUGGCAGUGGCCCAAUUGCUUUCAGUGGGAAUAACAACGUGGCAAGUCCUGAUCAGUCCAGCUCAGGCAUAUCCGCCACCUUAACCCCGACAACCACUUUGGUGAAGAAAGAAAAAGAUGGCUGCUUCAUUCAGCUCUGUACUCAAGAUGUGAUUAAACAAGAGAAGAUGUCUUACUGCCAAAUAAGCAGCACCACAUCCCCAGACCUGCCCACAUCUAGUCCCAUCUCCAUCUGUGGGGUGAGCACCUCGGGAGGUCAGAGCUUCCACUUUGGACUCGAUACAAAGCCACUGAAGGAUCAGAAGUCUGUCACGUGCCAGUUUAUUCCUGUUGCCACCGUUGGUGCACCCUGGAUCAGAGGCCUGACUCCUGGGCCAGUGUCAGACUUGCAUCAGGCCUCUGAGUCAUUCUCAGCCACUCCUACCUACAACACCAACUUUUCCAGCUUGACUUCCCCACCGGAAGGGACCACGGCACCGUCGUCGACCCAAGGAAAGAGUGGCGCUCACAAAAUCUGCUUGGUGUGCUCAGAUGAGGCUUCCGGGUGCCACUAUGGUGUGCUCACAUGUGGCAGUUGCAAGGUGUUCUUCAAAAGAGCAGUGGAAGGACAACAUAAUUACUUAUGCGCUGGAAGGAAUGACUGCAUCAUAGAUAAGAUCAGGAGGAAGAACUGCCCAGCCUGCCGCUUCCGCAAGUGUCUGAUGGCGGGCAUGAAUCUAGAAGCACGUAAAACCAAGAAGAACCGCUUAAAAGGUAUGCAGACGAGCAACCCGCCCGAGGUGCUACCCCCCAAGCCAGCCGAACCCCAGGCACUUGUCCCCAAGUGUAUGCCUCAGCUGGCCCCCACCAUGCUGUCCCUUUUGAAGGCCAUCGAGCCUGACACCCUCUACUCAGGCUACGAUAGCUCCUUGCCUGACACACUCGCCCGCUUCCUGACCUCCCUGAACAGACUGGGCGGCCGACAGCUCACCUCUGCAGUCAAAUGGGCCAAAGCCUUGCCAGGUUUCAGGAACCUCCACCUUGACGACCAGAUGACCUUGCUCCAGUGCUCCUGGCUCUUCCUCAUGUCCUUCAGCCUGGGCUGGAGGUCUUACCAGCAGUGUAACGGCAACAUCCUCUUUUUUGCUCCUGACCUAAUCGUGAACGAAGAGCGAAUGAAGCUGCCAUACAUGGCCGACCAGUGUGAGCAGAUGAUGAGGAUUAGCAGCGAGUUUGUCCGGCUGCAGGUUUCCCUUGAUGAGUAUCUGUGCAUGAAGGUCCUGCUCCUGCUCAGUAUAGUGCCAAAAGACGGCUUGAAGAGUCAGGCGGCUUUCGACGAGAUCCGCAUGUCAUACAUCAAAGAGCUGGGAAAAGCCAUCGUGAAGCGAGAGGAGAACUCCAGCCAGAACUGGCAGCGUUUCUACCAGCUCACCAAGCUGCUGGACUCCAUGCACGAGAUGGUCGGUGGGCUUCUCAACUUCUGCUUCUACACCUUCGUGAAUAAAUCAUUGAGUGUGGAGUUCCCCGAGAUGCUGGCCGAGAUCAUCAGCUACCAACUUCCCAAAGUCAAGGCCGGGGGCGUCAAAGCGCUCCUAUUCCACCAGAAAUGACUGCUAUCUCCAAACGCACAACAUGCCUUAAUACGAGAGACCAACACCUACUUUCACCCUGAAGAGCGACAGGGAGUGAGAGGUCUUUGGGAGUGAGAGGUCUGGAGGAAGCAGUCGGAGGUGCACAGAGGUUUUUUUAAGAUUUCUUAGGAAUUGUUUGGAGACGAAAGCGCUUCACACCCAUGUUGUCUCAGGUGGCUUCCUUCAAAUACGGAACUAUAUCCAAUAGAUUCUACACAUAAAUAACUCCGUACAGAUUCUAAUCGUAUUUUCACAUCCUGGGAGUUUUCCAGGUUGUAAUCACAUGGAAGAAACUUCAUGACUAAUUAUUGUUGUUUUUUUGUUUUUUUUUAACUCUUUAGUUUUCAUAAGAGGCUGCGACUAGAUAGCAACCCUCCUUGAUUAUUGAGCUUCAUUCUGUGCUUUUGUCCUUUUUGAUGUUAAAAUAGUUCCCAAGUACUGUUUUAUUAUACAUUAGCCAUUCAAAAGGAUGAUUUCUCCCCAAGAUGACCUCUUCCAGGUUUACACACGUCGUUUCAUGAAAAGGGAAAAGAAAUGUGCCUUUUUUUUUUUUUUUUGCGUUAAAUAUCAUCUCAGCUAUGUCGUCAUACCUCUCGGGGCGUGCCUCUCCUCAGACCGUCGCAGUUUUACCCUGAUUGUACAACAUGCAGUUGCAAUGCUUUCUUUUUAAACGGCUGUGUUUUCCUCGGUCCUUUGAGUGGAUGUGCGAAUGCGUGUGAAUAUUCAUCAUCCCACACAUUAAUUUGCCAAAGUGCGAUGUUAGCACCUUGUGUCCUUCUAUAUAGGCUUUAAAAGACUGUGAAGGACAGCUAUGGCUUAGUCGUAGUCUUCAUGCAUGAUUUUAGGUUUUAGCCAGCCUAAGCUCAAUUUGGCACCCCCACUUUACUUUCGCCCUCGACUCAAUUUAACAGAAUGUGAUUCGCGUCGACCAAUCAGAAAAGAGAUCCUUAUUAGUGCAUCUGAAGGGUGCAACCGUUCAGCCGUGAUGGUGAUUGUGUGUGUGUGUGUGUGUGUGUGUGUGUGUCAGUGUUAGCGUCACUUUGUGUCUGCGGGUAUUGAUCCAUGUGUCACCAACAAAAUCAUCUCAGUAUUUUACUAAAUAUGCCCACCUACGCCUUUAAAGUUAAACACAUCACUAAUAGUUACAGUAUUUCCUCAUGUAGUGGCUUUGUUAUUCUACUGAAGAGAGAGUGCUAUUGAGGUUUGGCUUAGAAAGAAUCCUUAUUUUUUGUACUGAUUAUAUUUUAUGUUCAAUAAUGAUUCUUAAUUUUAAAAUGGUUCAGCAAUGUAAUAUGUUUUAUCAUAGCUAUAAUAUUAUUGUAUAUGGCAAGGGUUUCCUAAAUUGUAUAAAUUCAAGACGCAAAUUAGAAUUUGCUUCCUUCCCAGGACCCAAACAUGUAUAUGAAGAGUUCUUUUCCAAAAGGCUAAAAAAAAAAUCCAUAUGGAUUAGUCUGAGAGAAAUAAUAUUUACCCAGAUGUGCAAAUGCUAGAAGUUUUAGUGAAAUUUAUUUAAUAUAUUUUUGUUCCUAAUGCUCUACAUCCAGAAAUGCAUUUUUAGGGUUUUCAUUUUAAACAGAACAUGAACAUGCAGCGGACUUUUCUGCAACGUUAGCCUACUGAGUUUACCAGGCCACGUGAUCACAUCACAAAAAACAUUUGAACAAAAAAAAGAAAAACACACUUUUCUAACUUGUCUGUUUGUUCUUCUGAUUUUGGACUAUUUUGCAUCGCUGAACCCGUUUCCUUGUUCAGAUCAGGUUUUUAUACCAAGUUGUUAAGUUUAUUAAUCAAAUGUUACAAACUUCGCAGAGUGUAAAUUGAAUAGUAUACAUAGAUAAAUCUGGAGACAAUAGAAUGGCAGGGCAAGUUCCUUUUUAAAAAUUGGCAUUUUGGCGAAAACCCUCUUCAUUAGACAGUUGUGGGCAUGAAUGUUAAUUGUACUGUACUUUAUCUGAACUGUUCUUUUGCAAGGAUGGAGUAAUCACAGGAUCUUCCCUGAUUAAAACAAUAAUAAUAAUAAAAUUGGGUGCAAAUUUAGGAUUUUCUCUCAGCUACGUUUGAUGUGUAGCCUUUAUUCAAGUGGGCAACUCAACAUACCGAUUCAUUAAAUCAGAGGUCACUAUUUUCCUUGCCCCCCUACUGUGAAGUCCCCUUGUACACCUUGUCUUAAAACGUUAGCUGCAGUACUUUAAAGUGUGUUCAGUCGAGAAGCACCACAGGCUAGUGAGGAAGACCAACAUGACCCUUCCUCCUCCUCAUGGCAAGAACAGUAUUUGCUUGCCAAACAGCCUCAUGGUGUGUUGUGGCCGAUGCGGGACGUGUGACUGUUUCUAUCAGCCGCUGGACUGAAAUAGUUUUUAUUUGGGCUCUUCGGGCUACCCGUUGUUCCACCACACCUAUAAGCUCCACGCUCUUUGCGUUCGCAUGGUCCUUGGGUUGGAGCUGCAAGCCGUUCAGCCUCCGUUUGAUGUGUUCAAUGCCGUCAGGAUGUGUGUGUCAUGUGGGUGAAGCGCAAAAUACUCCAGUGUUAUAAAAUGAAUUUGAAUUGUGAGAUUAUUGAGUCCAAAACAUGGAUGAAUCAAUUGGACAAGUCAUGAACUCGGGUGGAUUAUUGGCGCAUUGUGUGGUAACGAGGCCACAUUUAUUUUGGAAAUACAAGGCAUCAGCCAAGACAAUGAUUUUGAAUUAUAAUAACCCCAAAACCAUUGAACCAGCAAAUGUUCACAAUAUCUAAUAACAAUAAUAAAAAAAGAGGCACUUUUACAGAUAAGUUUCAAGUUAUUUGCCCCCCUCGGAACUAUUAAACAUUUCCCAAAAAUACUGCCGUGAAUAGUGAAAGUCUGCAAGUACUGGAAGCUCCUCUAAAAAGGUUUAUAAUUGUUUUUAGAUGCCACAAGAUGGUAGCACUAAGCACUACUUUGGUCUCAAUGAAGCUCCUCAUAUCACUUCAACCCAGUUGGUCUGCCUUUAUUUAGUCUUUGAGGUAAGCUCUCCUGUCCCUGUGGUUGAAGGGCCCUGGGAGUGGAUGAGAUCCGCCCAGAGCUCCUAAAGGUUCUGGAUGUUGUGGAGCUUUCUUGUUUGACAUACCUCUCCAACAUCGCAUGGACAUCAGGGACAGUGUCUCUAGAUUGGCGGACCGAGGCGGUGGGGGGAGCCGAGGGUGUGUUGCAAUUCCAGGGGGAUCACAGUCCUCAACCUCGCUGGUAAGGUCUAUUCCGGGGUGCUGGAGAGGAGGGUCCGUCGAGAAGUCGAAUCUCAAGAUUCAGGAGGAGCAGUGUGGUUUUAGUCCUGGCCGUGGAACAGUGAACCGGCUCGUCACCCUCGGCAGGGUCCUCGAGGGUGCAUGGGAGUUUGCCCAACCGGUCUACAUGUGUUUUGGGGACUUGGAGAAGGUGUUCGACUGUCUCCCUUGAGCUGUCCUGUGAGGGGUGCUCUGGGUGAAAAUGGGUACCGCGGCCCCAAAUACGGGCUGUUCGGUCCCUGUACGACAGGUGUCAGAGUUUGAUCCGCAUUGCCGGCGACAAGUCAGAUUUGAUUGUUACAGGAUCUGCAGUGAUGCGGACUCUGUCGUGGUGAAGGAGCUGAGCUGAAAGCCCAAGCUCUCAAGUUACCGUACAGUCUUGUUCCUACCGUCACCUAUGGUCACGAGGUGUGGGUCGUGGCCGUGGCCAAAAUAGGUGGCGUCCGCAGGAUGUCCGGUCUCUCCCACAGAGAUAGGGUGAGAAGCUCGGGUCAUCCGGGAGGGGCCCAGAGUGGAGCCGCUGCUCUUCCGCAUUAAGAGGAGUAAGAUGAGGUGGCUUGGGCAUCCGGUUUGGAUGCCUCAUGUUCGACUCCCCGGUUAGGUGUUCCGGGCACGUCCCACCGGGUUGAGGCCCCAGGGACGACCGGGACAUGAUGGAGACACUACAUCUCCCGCUUGGGCCGGGAACGCCUCAGGUAGAGCCCGGAUGAAGUGGCUGGGGAGAGGGAAGUCUGGGCUUCCCUGUUAAAGAUGCUCCCCAUGCGACUCAACUCCAGAUAAGCAGAAGAGAAUGACAAAUCUCGUUCCUUUUUUUUUUUUUUGGGUCCUCAGCUGUCAGCUUUUUUUUCCCUUUAUAGGUUUGCCUAUCAAAAAACAGCACUUUUUUGCCAUCUUUGUUAAAGGUUUACUUUCACAUUAGUGUACAAAAAUCUUUGCUGCUGCUCUUUUGUAUCACAUAUAGAUAUAUAUACAAAUACUUUACGUACUAAUACUUGCCUCGUCUUGUUCAGAAUAUGCAAGAGAAACGACAGAUAAACUAUCACCACCACGUCACAUAUAAGCUAUUUUCAUACAGGCCAGACAUUCAGGAACACACAUACAAACAUGGAUCAGACCACGUAUAUACACACACACACACAGAACUGAUGUUUGCUUGAAUACAAGGUGACCAAAGCACUUACUCUCCACACAAACUCACCAAGUAGCUCUCUGUUUUGUUUUGGUUUGUGUUUUUGUAAAAUGAAACACGAUGGCUUCGGUGAAAUUGUGUAAAACUGUGAAUAGAAUAGCCUAGGAUAAAAAAAAAAGUUUUUGCCACACUAAGUGUUUAUAAUAGUCAUCAGCCGGCUUGAACGGGAUUUGCACUAGCCAACUGUUGUACAAAAUUGAUUUCCAAACAAAUGCUAUGCAGACAUUUGUAGUCUUGUCAAGGGCAAAUACGACCUUUUUUUUCUCCUGUACAUACACUAUAUAUAUAAAAUAAGGCUUUACACGAUCAUCAGCGAGUUUAAAAAAAAAAAACGAUAAGCGAUCACCGAUCCGAUCACAAGAUGGAGCAAUGUUUCUAUUUAAAUGACUUGUACUGUUUACUGAGUUUCUUUAAAAAUGUCUUGUCAGGUUCAUGUAUUCUAAUCAGUCAGGUCAA